UCCUGUCUCCUUGUUAUUCUUAUAGUGCUCUUCCACUUUUGAUGACAUCCCGACCGGGGACUGCGAGAGCGAGCAAAGGAAGCUGGGGGUAGCAAUGGCGUCCCCAACUCCGGUCCCGUUGCAGCGGGUCCCGAUCACACGCUCGAAAGCCAACUCCCAUGGCCACACCCCCUCUCUCGGGAAAUAUCCCAUCGGCAACUCGUCCCCGCCGUUGCUAUCUCUCCUCCAGCAAUGCUCUUCCACUCGAGAACUCUCCCAAAUCCACGCCCGACUCCUCAAAUCCAAUGCCGUCCAAGACCCUCUCUACCUCUCCAAGCUCCUCUCCUUCUACGCCUCCCUCGAGCCGGAUGGCGACCCCUGCUGCUACGCUCUUCGCUUGUUCUCUUCGCUCUCGUAUCGUGACUCUGCUCUAUGGAAUUCUUUGAUUCACGGGUUUAGCCUCGGUUCGACGCCGGCACAAUCCAUACUGCUCUUUAUUAGGUUGCUGGAAGAAGACCCGAUUCUUCUGAAUUCCCAUUCCUUCCCCCCGGUUCUCAAGGCAUGCGCGAGGAUUAGGGCGGUCUCGGAGGGGACCCAGAUCCAUGGUUUUGCUACCAAGUGCGGAGCAGCGGCGGAUCCCUAUGUGCAGAGCUCGUUGGUUCGGAUGUACUUUGGUUGCGGGAGAUCUCGCGACGGGCAGCUCCUGUUUGAUAAAAUGCCAGAAAGGAGUGUUGUUGCGUGGAAUUGUGUAAUUGGGGGCUACGCAGAGUUGGGCUUGUGGGAAAAAGUGAAAUCUCUGUUCGGGAUGAUGGUUUCGGAGUUUCGUUGUGUGCCCAAUUCGAUCACGUUGGUUAGGGUGAUCACUGCAUGCGCUCGGUCGGGGGACUUUGAAUUGGGAAAGUGGGUUCAUCAGUACAUCAAGGAAAAUGGGGUUCCUUUGUGUUUGAAUUUGAGGAAUGCACUGAUGAAUAUGCACGCUAAAUUUGGUGAGAUGGGGGAGGCCAGGAGAUUGUUUGAUCAGAUGCCAGAACACGAUAUCGUGUCAUGGACUACAUUGCUUAGUGGGUAUGCUACCAAGGGACAUUUGAGGCUAGCUCGCGAGCUUUUUGAUAAGAUACCUGAUCGAAAUGUUGUCGCAUGGAAUGCAAUGAUAGCUGGAUAUGUGCUAAAUGGCUGCUUUGGAGAGGCGAUUUUGCUUUACAAAGAAAUGCUGGCUCUCAAUGUGAAAAUUGACAAAGCCACAAUGAUUAGCGUUCUAUCUGCUUGUGCAAGGUCAGGAUAUCUACUCACUGGAAAAAUGAUUCAUGGAUACAUCUAUAAGGUUGGUAUUGAAAUGACUCUCGAUUUGCUUCACUCUAUUCUAGGCCUGUAUUCAAGGUGUGGGAAGAUGGACUUGGCUGAGUUUUUGUUCAGUAAAAUGGAUGUUAAGAAUGAGAUCUCCUGGACUUUAAUCAUGGUGGGAUAUGUGAAUCAUGGAGAAAUAAAAGCUGCACUUGAAAUCUUCAAUCAGAUGCCCCACAAGGAUUUAGCUGCAUGGAAUGCCUUGAUAAGUACACUGGCCCAAUGCAAUUAUUUCAGCGAAGCCUUGGACAUCUUUGAACAGCUGCAGAGGAUGAAGGUGAGUCCUAAUUGUUUGACUUUGGUUAGCAUAUUGUCCGCUUGUGCCAGGGUUGGGGCUCUUGAACUAGGCAAAUGGGUUCAUGCUUACAUAGAGAGGAACGACAUUGAAAUGGAUGCCUACUUAAGUUCUUCACUUAUCGAUAUGUAUUCAAAGUGUGGACGCAUUGAUCUAUCCCUUGAAGUGUUCAAUAGAAUGCCCACAAAGGAUCUAUUAUCUUGGAGUGCCAUGAUUGGAGGGCUGGCCAUACAUGGCCACGGCGAGUUUGCUAUAGAGUUCUUUAGACAGAUGGAAGACUAUGGAGUGCAACCAGAUGCUGUUACCUUUGUUGGAGUUUUGAGCGCUUGUAGUCAUGCAGGAUUAGUAGAAGAAGGCCAGCAUUAUUUCGAUAUGAUGACUAAAAAGUAUGGCAUCACUCCUACAACUGAUCAUUAUAGUUGCAUGGUGGAUCUCUUUGGUCGCCGUGGUCUCUUGAGGGAGGCCAAGGAAUUCAUAGACAAAAUGAACAUUUCCUCAAAUGGGGAGGCUAUUUGGGGAGCUUUACUUGGUGCCUGCAAACUUCAUGGAAAUGUUGAACUGGCUGAGUAUGCUACAAGUCAUCUUAUAGAGGAGGAUCCAAACAAUUCAGGAGCAUAUGUGCUGCUAUCCAAUGUAUAUGCUAGUGCUUACAAAUGGGAUGAUGUUGGAAAGGUCAGGAAUAUAAUGAAGAAGAAAGGAAUUGAAAAAGUUCCUGGUUGUAGCUCAAUUGAAGUAAAUGGUGAAAUACAUGAAUUCCUUGCUGGGGAUGCUUCUCAUCCGCUGUCUAGAGAAAUCUACAUGACUUUAAAUAGAUUGGAGAAAUUAAUGGAAGCAACAUGACAUAACCUCAACUUGAGCAUGAAUAAAGAAGGAAAUGGACCCAAUAUCAUUUAUUUAUCGGACUACGAUCGCAGACUAUGGAAUGAUGAUAAAAAGUGGCUAAGUUUUGAAUUCACUCAUUUGGCGCUGGGGGCAAGAUUCCAUCUCAUUUAUUUCUACUAGAUUGGUUUAUAAGUUGUGAAGCAUGAUUCUCCACAAUGGACAUAACAGUAUUUGUUAAUGGAUGCUUUUGAUACACUACAGGGAGACAAUAAUUCGCAGAAGUUUAUCCUCUGCCAUCAAAUAUGCUAUUGUACAUAUUGAACAUCUGUAAUUAAAUGCAUACAUUUUUAGAGCACCGAUGUACAAAAUUUUAUGUCCCUUAAAGCUAUUAUUCCUACAAAUGAUGUAACCUUUGACAUACAGAUGCUUCUGGUCACUCAGAGACUAAUUUAAAGAGGAUGCAUGGAUGCUUUUGA